AUGGCGGUCUCGAGAUUCUGCCCUCCAAGAAAAUCUUGCCAUGAUUGGAUAGGACCCCCAGAUAAACAUUCAAACCUUCAACCUGUUCACUUUUACAUCCCUGAAAAUGAAUCAUCAUUGGAACAAAAGUUAAGAGAAUUAAGACAAGAAACACAAGAACGGAACCAACAGUUCUGGGCAAACCAGAAUUUGACUUUUCUAAAGGAAAAAGAAGAAUUUAUUGACUCAAGACUAAAAGCCAGAGGCCUGGAACUGAGAGCUGAAUCAGGCCAAAAAGCAACACUGAAUGCAGAAGAAAUGGCUGACUUUUACAAGGAAUUUUUAAGUAAAAAUUUUCAGAAGCACAUGUAUUGUAACAGGGACUGGUACAAGCGUAAUUUGGCCAUCACCUUCUUCAUGGGAAAAGUGGCCCUGGAGAGGAUUUGGAACAAGCUUAGACUGAAACAAAAGAAGACCAGCAAUUAG